CAUCAACAUGGGUGGCAGCAGCUGCAGCGUGUGCGAUGCUGUGGCAUCCAUGACGUGCGGCGGCUGCGGCACUAUGCACUACUGCGGCAAGGAACACCAGAGGCAACACUGGCUGCAACACCGCACUCAGUGCCCACCUUACAAGAUGAUUUCAUCUCCAGAGGCCGGCAGGUACCUGGUGGCGUCGCGUCGCCUGCCAGCGGGCCAGGUGUUGGUGGAAGAACAACCACUGGCUGUGGGUCCCCUGUCUAUCUCAGAGCUUGUCUGUCUCGGCUGUCAUGGUCCUAUCAUAGGCAACGACUUCCCUCGCUGUCCAGAGUGCUGGUGGCCACUGUGUUCCCUAGAAUGCGCCUCCAGCAGCCUUCACCAGGCAGAGUGUCCCAUCCUGGCCACUGAUGUCAAGCACAUAGGGCCACCAACUACUCAGAUGGAGACGCUUCGUUACGAUGUCAUUCUUUCCAUUCGCUGCCUCCUCUUGAAGUCUAAGAACCCCACGGCGUGGCAGACACUUAUGUCGAUGGAGCAUCACUCUGAGCAGCGACAGCUCAACCAAGAGGACAAUCAGAUAGUUACUGUCCACUACAUGAAAGAAGUGCUGAAGCUGGACUACGAUAUUAAAACUCUUCGUCAAAUAAGAGGCGCCAUAGCUACGAAUGGCAUGGAAAUAAGAAGCAAGAAGAACGUGAGAGUAAGAGCAUUGUAUCCAAUAGUGCGGCUGUUCAACAACUCUUGUGUACCCAACGUGAACAUGUCUUGUGGCGUUGAGGGGACGAUGCAAGCAAGGACUACAGUGCCCCUCAAGAUCGGAGAGCCUCUUUGUAUCUGCUACACAGGGGCGCUAAUGCCUGCCUGGGAACGAUAUGGCACUUUAACCAGGAAUUAUCACUUUACAUGCAACUGUACCCGCUGUGAAGACCCUACGGAACUAGGAACCUAUUUUUCCUGCCCCAGAUGUCCAGAUUGUAAGGGGUCCUACAUGUUGUCCUCCACAUGGCUCGACGAGACUGUGUGGAUGUGUCCUACCUGCAAGCUGGAGAAGACUGACACUCAGGUUCGAGAGGACAUCGACGACUGGCUUCAAAGAAUAUUAAUGGACGGCAUAUUUAACACCUUCAAGAGAGCCAAGGCUACGCUGAAAAAGGUAGAGGAUCAGUUUCAUGCUCAGCACUACGUAUGGAUGCGGGCGGCGCAGUCAGCCUUGUUCCAACUGUGCGACAACAACACUGAACCGGCGCUCAAGCUCAGGAUUAAAACCUGGAAGAAACUCGUGCAUUUGUAUAGCGUGCUUGAGCCAGGCCUCACGAAGAGAAGAGGUAUGACGCUGCUGGAGAUGGGCAUCAUAAUGCUUCGGGCAGCCAAACUGGAGUAUGAUGAGGGCGACCCUUUCAUGCCAGAGUUCCUGAAGCAGCUGCAGGAGAUAUCGGAGUAUCUGAAGGAGGCCACGCAGAUCCUGCAGCUGGAGCCGGUCGGGACGCGAGGCCCGGUGCUGGCACAAAAAGCUGAAGAGAAGCGAGCGGAGGUGGAGGAAUUCCUGGAUCGUCUCGACUCCAGCUGUGUGAGGGCAGAGUGAUCUCGAGAGAGAAAAAAAAUGCUUACACUGAUUAACCCAGGAAGGCUAUUAAUAACCCAGGGUAUCCCCCCAAAAAAGCCUAGUAGUUUGCCUUAUUUUCCUUGGAGUCCUUCAGUCUUUUUUCUUGCAAUGUUAUCCAACACAGCCGACUGCCUAUUUGGUACCUAUUUACUGCUAAGUGAACAAGGGCAGAAGGUGUAAGGAGACUUGCUAAUACAGCUUGCACUGCUUUGCGAGACUGAUGGGCCCAAGGAGUAAUUAACCCAGAUUCUCCUUUUUAUUCAACUAAUAGGACAGUAGACUUUGCUGUAGUCAGUUGUGUAUAGAAUAGUGGCUCUUGGCAGAGGAUCUAGUUCACUUUACAUUUAAGCAUUAACUACUGUGUUAUAAAGUCGGUGUGAUAAAGGAACUCUCGUAUUUAAUGAAGAAAAAACAAGUCACAGUACUGUGGCUUUGAAAAUUUCUAUACGUACUGCCCCUUUGUAAGCUGCAAAAGUUAGCAAGUGCUGCUCACACAGACGCCACGAGUGGAUUCUCCCAGGCUUACAAAUGGCUCAUGCAACAACUUACUGAUAAUGACGUGAAAUACCUAACUGUACUAAAGAAAGGGUAACUCACUUGUCUAGAUGGGAUGCUAAGUUUCCUUUCUCCCAGUACCUCAUUAGUGGCGACGCUUCCGGUGUACCUGCGUCUGCCUGGACAACCCUCGAAAUUUCAAAAAGUGCUUCCGCAGAAAAUUGGCCAAUAAUGCUGACUGGGAAACGAGUAUCUAGUUCGUUGGGAUACAAGUAAGUAUCCCACGGUUUAGGGAAAGCUCCGUUGGUCUUGUUACACAAUCCAAGCGAUUUAGUGCCAGUGUUUUGGUAACACGCCUGUCACGCCUCGUCUCUACGACCUCUGACAUGUAAUUGAACUAGCUAGCUCCUCCUAACUGAUUUCGUUCAUAUUUGACCUAUUUCUAACUAUUUUAGGUCCUAAACUGUAUUAAUAAUUCUUACGUUAUUUAUUAUUUUGUGUACCUACGUAACUCUUCCUAGAAGGUUAAAUAUUAGUAAUAUAUACGAGUGUGAUGUAAGUGGGUAUGUUAAGGGCUCUUAAAGCUUAAACAUUAUAAACGUUUUGUGGAAUAUUUUGGUAAUCCAAAUAAUUUCCACAGUGGCUAUCAACAUUCACAAUUCGCAAACUAGAAAACGUUCCAGUCUGUACUGGUCAGUUAUUAAGUAGCGACUUGAUAUGGUCGAGGAAGGAUGGGAGGUCCUCAGGUACCAUUUUCAUUUUGUUGGAUAAGCCACCUCUUGUUUCAAGUACUAUGAAUUUCAAUUAUAUUCACGGGGAAGCAUCAAACCCGUCAUGAUGAUAAUGCCUGGGUAAUGGAAGGUCCCUCCUAAUCAUGAGUUAUGCGAAGAAGGGAUGUGUAGCUUCAGUGUUUUCGACGUAGCCCUUAAGCAGCAUUAAGACACUCCAUAAAGGUUCAGGUGCCAUGAAUAUAUCCCUCCCUUACCAGGGAGAUACAAUAUGUAAGAUAAUAUAACAUGCUGGUUAUGCCAUUUUAUAGAAAAGACGUCUCGUUCACCAUACUAAGAAUUGAUAAAAGUCCCUGGUGUAAGAAACGUCUAAACAAAAUGGCGCAAAUCGCACACUGUAUUUUAUUAACAUACUUGCACUGUAUGUAAAUCACUGGUAUUAUAUAUAUACCAGUGAUUUGCAUACAGUAUAAGUUGGAAUCGCCUACUUGGCCAACUUUCUCCAGAGUUGUGUAGUUACGUGGGAUUAGCUGUUUUAAACACGAUGACUGUCCAGUCAUUAUUUGUAAGUGUCCUCGUCGUUGUGAUUUACAUCGUGUUGCACAGAUUACUGUCAUUUUGUGUAGCCCAGUCAGUGUUAGUUUUUAAUGGGGUACGAUCUGAUUAUAACUCCUUUGUUUUCUAAUACUGGCUCAGCUAAGCUACCUCUCUGCCCACCUCUCUCUCACUCCAUCUCUCACUCCAUCUCUCACUCCAUCUCUCACUCCAUCUCUCACUCCAUCUCUCACUCCAUCUCUCACUCCAUCUCUCACUCCAUCUCUCACUCCAUCUCUCACUCCAUCUCUCACUCCAUCUCUCACUCCAUCUCUCACUCCAUCUCUCACUCCAUCUCUCACUCCAUCUCUCACUCCAUCUCUCACUCCAUCUCUCACUCCAUCUCUCACUCCAUCUCUCACUCCAUCUCUCACUCCAUCUCUCACUCCAUCUCUCACUCCAUCUCUCACUCCAUCUCUCGAAAAAUUAAUGUGGUUAUAAUUAUAACCUUAAUUUUUAAAGGAGGUGGACGUGUAAGCCAAUGGAAGGUCUUGGUCAGAUGACCAAAAGCUUCAGUGGUGGGACAUCGUAUGACUGAAGACCUGAGUCAGGAAACGCCGCCUGUUUCCUGACGAAUUUUACCUAACCUAACAAAAGCUGUCACUGUCGGUAUAUUAUACUAUUUUUAACAUACCCCCCCCCUCUCUCUCUAUAUCCUGGUAUCACAAGAAUUUUCACCUUACAUAUUACUGUAACACUCACACAGUAUCACUCAACAAUGUUACGCUCCAGAUUAAACAAUAAAAGGAAAACACAAUACUGAUAUUUUACAAGAGCAUUUGUUACUGUUCUUGUUAUCAUACUUGGACUUGUAUAUAAAAUUCAGCCCCUUUUCUGUUCUACUUAAGGACAACUUAUUCUGUAAAUCUGGUUUUCUGUUUUUAAAUUUAGAUUUUUUAUUGUGGAUUUUUAUAAAAUUUAAAAGUAUAAAGUGACAAACACAAAUAAUCGUUUUAAUGAAC